AUCAAGCAUCUUGUUGAAACCGGCUUGUCACUCACCACCUCCAGGACAGCGGCUGCUGUGUGUCCAGCGUUGUGUGGGUCCCAUUAUGGCAGUGUACCGCCUCUGUGUGACCACCGGUUCCUACCUGAAGGCUGGCACAAUGGACAACAUCUUUGCCACGCUGGUGGGCACAUGUGGCGAGAGCCCCAAGCAGAGGCUGGAUCGAGUGGGCAGGGACUUUGCCAAGGGAUCGGUAAAGAAAUACAAGGUGCGCUGUGCAGCCGAUCUGGGAGAACUCUUGUUGCUGCGCUUAGACAAGGAGCGCUAUGCAUUCUUCGGCAAGGACUCCUGGUACUGCAGCCACAUUAGCGUCACUACACCCGAUGGCACUGUUGUCCCCUUUCCCUGCUAUCAGUGGAUUGAUGGCUACUGCACCACGGAGCUGCGGCCAGGAGCAGCAAGAACCAUUUGUCACGACUUCCUUCCUCUCCUUCUGGAUCACAGGAAACGGGAAAUCCAGGCCCGACAAGAAUGCUAUCGUUGGAAGAUCUAUGCCCCUGGCUUCCCCCGCAUGGUGGAUGUCAGCAGCUUUGAAGAGAUGGAGUCAGACAGGAAAUUUGCCUUGACCAAGACAGCACCUUGCACAGAUGACGGGGACAGCCCUGGGAAUCGGUAUCUGCCUGGCAUGCCCAUGAAAAUUGAUAUCCCAUCUCUGCUACACAUGGAGCCCAACAUUCGCUACUCAGCUACCAAGACGGCCUCGCUGAUCUUCAAUGCCCUCCCUGCGUCCUUGGGCAUGAAGAUUCGAGGGCUGCUGGACCGCAAGGGCUCCUGGAAGAAGCUGGAUGACAUUCGGAACAUCUUCUGGUGCCACAAGACCUUCACUUCUGAGUAUGUCACAGAGCACUGGUGUGAAGAUUACUUCUUUGGAUACCAGUACCUCAAUGGCGUCAAUCCUGUCAUGCUCCAUUGCCUCUCCAGCUUGCCAAGCAAGCUGCCUGUCACCAAUGACAUGGUGGCUUCUCUGCUGGGACCAGACACCUGCCUACAGACAGAGCUGGAGAGGGGCCACAUUUUCCUAGCCGACUACUGGAUCCUGGCGGAGGCGCCGGUACAUUGCCUGAACGGCCGCCAGCAGUAUGUGGCCGCCCCGCUCUGCCUGCUGUGGCUUAACCCGCAGGGGGCGCUGCUGCCCUUGGCCAUCCAGCUCUGCCAGAACCCUGGUCCCGAUAACCCCAUCUUUUUGCCCACUGACUCCGAGUGGGACUGGCUGCUGGCCAAGACCUGGGUUCGCAACUCUGAAUUCUUGGUGCACGAGAACAACACGCACUUUUUGUGCACGCAUUUGCUGUGCGAGGCCUUCUCCAUGGCCACACUGCGCCAGCUGCCGCUCUGCCAUCCAGUCUACAAGCUCCUGCUUCCCCACACGCGCUACACGCUGCAAGUGAACACGAUCGCGAGGGCCACGCUGCUCAACCCUGAAGGCCUGGUGGACCAGGUUACAUCCAUCGGAAGGCGUGGCCUCAUCUACCUCAUGAGCACAGGGCUGGCCCACUUCACCUACACUAAUUUCUGCCUUCCGGAUAGUCUACGGGCUCGUGGCGUUCUGAAUAUCCCCAACUAUCAUUACCGAGACGACGGCCUAAAGAUCUGGGCGGCCAUUGAAAGCUUUGUCUCAGAAAUCGUGGGCUACUAUUAUCCCAGUGAGGAAUCCGUGCAGCAGGACUCUGAGUUGCAGGCCUGGGUCAGCGAGAUUUUCACUCAGGCGUUCCUGGGCCGGGAGAACUCAGGCUUCCCAAGUCGGCUGUGCACUCCAGGAGAGCUGGUGAAGUAUCUCACUGCAAUCAUCUUCAACUGCUCCGCCCAGCAUGCUGCUGUCAAUAGUGGGCAGCAUGACUUUGGGGCCUGGAUGCCCAAUGCCCCAUCAUCUAUGAGACAGCCCCCACCUCAGACCAAGGGGACCACCACCUUGAAGACUUAUUUAGACACUCUCCCAGAAGUGAAUAUCACCUGUAAUAAUCUUCUCCUCUUCUGGUUGGUCAGCCAAGAGCCAAAGGACCAGAGGCCUCUGGGCACCUACCCAGAUGAACACUUCACAGAGGAGGUCCCCAGGCAGAGCAUAGCAGCCUUCCAGAACUGCUUGGCCCAGAUCUCAAGGGACAUCAGGGAUCGGAACCAGAACUUGGCCCUGCCCUAUGCCUACCUUGACCCUCCUCUCAUCGAGAACAGCGUCUCCAUCUAAGCACCAGCUCAGGUCCUGGUGUGAGGGAAGCCAACUUCCUGUAAUCUUUUUAGACCCUUUCACUCUCUUUAUCCUCAGCCCUGAACGUCUCUGCACGCGUGGACCAAGAUGUCUCUAGCAUCUUAUGAAUAGGCCCUGAGCUGUGAGAGGCCAGUACAGCAGUGUCCAGGGUAAAAGCCGCUGAGUACAGUCAAAUGCACAGUAGAACUCUCAAAAAGAAAAGAACCCCAACACCUUUUGCCUCCUGUUCUAGCCUCUGGUGGAAAUCUACCUCUUCCCACUAGGAUGCUCAGCCUGCAUUUCUGAGCUCUCCUUCCCAGUCUUUCCCAUUUCCAAACUCUCCUACCAUGCGUUUUGGAGUCUUUUGGACAGAGAAUGGAAAGGAUGUGUUCCUGGCUCUGUCAUGUGGUCCCCUUCACCUGUAGUAUCUUUAAGGGGAAGGGACGAAUAGGAGCCCAUCUCACUUGGACAUCUGGCUGUGGUUCUUGGGGACAGAGGGCCUGGCCUGGCCAUGUUUUGAGAAUCUCUCUCCUCUUUGCCUUUGAGUCCAGAGACUUCAAUAAAAGCUAAUGGAUUUGG